AAAGAAAGAAAAGUUCAAAAUAUUAGAAGUUUAUAUGAAGCUUUUAAGCAAGCUACUCAAGUUGAAAGAGAACAAAUUGCUAAGAUCAAAGUUAUACCACAAGUUGAUGAACAGAGAAUUCCUCAAAUUGUACUAAAUAUAAAAAUCGGAAAACAAAAUAAAUUUUAA